AUGGACGCAACUGUGGAAAUGAAUAUGGAAAAGGGAUUUAAUGGUGAAAACUGUGCCCCCAAUAUUCAAGAGCGACUUCAGAAACGAAACCAGGCCAGGAUAGAAGAUGCCGAGCGGAAGAAAGAAACCAAACAGAGCCAGUCUGUUGCCGAGGAAAAGGGUGAAUAUUUUUCGAACGCAUUCAACACGGAGAGGGCGUGUAUCGACGAGCUGCUGUCCAACUGCUCCGGGGCGGAUAGGGCUGUGGUGACCCAGAAGCUGGAGGAAGCAACGGCCAAAACGCUGCAGCUGCAAAAGUUUCUUAGCGAUAGCAUACUGUUUUUGACGCCAUACGAACUGAGCAAGGCUCAAGCGGCUCUGCAGAAGCUCCAGUCUUCCAUUGCUGAAACCAGAGAGGAGGCUAUGCCUAAGAAAAAGUUUGCCUUUCGAGGUCGCACCAAGGCAUCAGAUAAAGUCUCUGCAAAAGCCUCAGCGGCCGCUCCCCGUGACUCAGCUGUUACCAAGGUGGAUGGAGCUCCAAACCCAAAGCAGUGUGGUUUCACCAACAUGAGCAAUGAGCUUCUGACUAAGACAGCAGAGGAAGUCCUAAAUCAAGACAUGCUGUUGACUCAUCUUACCAACUGCAAAGUCCGUCUGUACGGCACCCCCAGCACCCUGCACCUGAAGCAUAUCGACAACUGUGAGAUCCUGUGUGGACCUGUGUCCACCUCGGUUUUCGUAGAUCACUGCAGUAACAGCACGCUGGUGUUCCCCUGUCAGCAGCUGCGGACGCACCACACCACCAACACCCAGGUGUAUCUGCACGUCACCAGCCGGGCCAUCAUCGAGGACUGCCAUGGGGUCAGCUUUGCCCCCUUCUCGUGGUCUUAUCCCACUCUGCACGAGGACUUUGCUGUGUCCGGGCUUAAUCGGGACACAAACAACUGGAGCCAAGUGGAUGACUUCAACUGGCUUGCAGCAGGAACACCUUCCCCAAACUGGUCUGUCCUUCGUGAGGAAGACAGAAAAACAUUUCUUUAA